GAUGUGCCCGAUUCGCCUUCUUUUCCGUAUCGUACGCGCGUUAGAUAAUGCUAAUGUGGCCUCAUACGAUAGAUAGAUCGUUCGAGCGAGAGGGGAGAUGGAAAUCGAGAGACGAGACCUAGCGACGACAUCGACGGCGGCAGUGGCGGCGAUCCGAGUGUUGCUGUUUUGCGUGCUGAAAGAGCAGUCUGCGGAAUGCGCAUUUUCUCUCGUCCUCUUUUUUUGUUGCCUCUCUUCUCUCUCUCUCUCUCUCUCUCGCUGCAGCUGGCCUCCGGCGCGAGUCUCGCAUUUUUUAUACGCAGACACGCGCCUUGGGUUUGUUUUUGUUGUUGCGCGUAUUGAUUUCUCGCGUCUCUCUCCCGAGUCGCGCAGCUCUAUAUCCUACUACCUGUAUACUACGAGCGAUAUGGGACUCGACGUCGAUGCGAAUACGUAAUGUUUACCACUUUCGACUGACGAAUCAUCGCUAAUCGCAGCAGCUGAGUCUCUCCUGCGUCAUCGCAUUUACUGCGCGGACUUUGCGAAAAGAGAGGGCUGACGGCUUUUGUUUCGUAUAUAGGGAGAAUAGCGCUAUAUACUGCGCUUGGUAACAGCCGAGAGGCGCUCGCUUGCGUGUUUACACCGCGCAAAGCGUCUAUAUAAUGGAAGCUUCGAUUGUUGCUGGCGCAGAAAAUGCAUGUAAUUGAGCAUUCGAAUGACGCUAUACGGCAUAAUACAGUGUGAUGUCGCGCUUUGUAAACAAAGAGGGAAGUAUGAACUACAAUUGCGGAAUGUUUAAUAAACUCGUGAGUCCGAUAACACGAAGCAAAUUUUGCACUACUGACAAAAGUUAUUCACGUAACGCGCGACGUUCAACAUUAUCACACCCCCCUUACGCGCAAUGAAAUUGCAAAUUUCCAGCCUCGAAUGCCGAAUAUCGUUAAUCGAAUUUCGGUUGUGUGCAUAACCAAGUAUCAUGACUGUCGAACGCAGAGUCCAAUGACGUCUGACGUCACGAAAGCAAAGUUCGCCUUUUAAAUUUUGAUAGGAUGAUCAGAGAUAAGGAUGUUGUUUACAUUGAACGCCGAAAUCUGCGGGCUUUUGCGCGAUUUUAUCUCUUUCGUUUUGAAAAUGAAAAUAAUACUCGGCGGACAAAGGGAGACUUAUUUCUCGAAAACAUGAGGUGUAUGUACGAUUACAUACAUCACUGUUUGCAAAAUUAUCGUUCUGUCAUAUAUACGUAUAUCUUCGAUUUUUUCGAUCUAAAAAAUGAUGAGGAACAUUUUCACGAUCAAUAAAUUAAAGAUGACUUAGUUGUUGAAUUUUAAGAGAUAAACAAGCUCACAAUCUUUAACCUUGAUUAUCAAUCUGAUUUAAAAACGGAGAUUAAAUUUUAAUGUGCAAUUGAACAUCGUUUGCUAUUCGCCGACGAUUAUCCGUAAUGACACACUUAAAAAAAAACUUAUGCAUAUGUAUCGAUUUUUUCUUAUUUACAGAGCUUACGCUGCAUUAUACAAGGAUGAGAAUCGAACUCAUACGUGAAAUAAUUGAUUGUUAAAAUAAAUCAAUCGGGACAAAUUAUAGGAUCGGGGCGACUAUAGGAAGCCUUUAAAAGGCUUAUGUAUAUGGUCAUAAAUAAAAAUUUUAUCACUAAUAUUUGGAAAAGUACUUAUUCGAUUAGAAGCUGAAAAUCGAUAAACGCAUUCGAGACAUUUCAUUUCUCAAUGUAUACAGUUCUUCUGCAAUAAUUACAUUAUAACGAUUUCCCUGUUUCAAUAGACACGGAAAAUAAAGGUUAACAGUGUAGCUUCUAAAUUACACAAUCAACGUUGAAUUAUCAAACGAGUAACGCAACAUCAUUUUUACAUUAUAAUGAAAAUUUUAACUAGCGUUAUUAUCUAAUUCAUGAAAUUAAAAAAACACUUGAAAAAUCGUGCCCAAUAAACAAAUUUGCAGUACAAAAUGAACCGUACUAAAAUUCUAAUACAAAACCAAUUGUUUUGAAAUAUAAUAUUUUUCAGCUUUUAUUUCGAGAUUUUUAAUACUUUAACAGCGUAGCAAUUAAAUUUCUUCUUUAAUCGUAUGAUUUAUAUUUAAAGAUCUAAAAUCUGACCAUGCAAGUUUUUAUCUAAAAACGCAGACUUGUUUUGAAAGACGUUGCAGUAUACGUUUCUGAAAGAAUCGUUAACGGUUAUAGAAAUGAUUUCAUUAUUUUUUGCUAAAUGUUAGUAGAAUGUUUAUUCAACAACUUUCAAAUAAAAAUAGCGAAUACCAAGGUAUAUUUGGUACCAAAACUUGAAAAAAUUUUAAUCGGUGUACCACGAAGAAAUCUGUUUUAUCGACGCCACGGAAGGGAACAUUGAAGUUACUUUUUGCUUGAUGCGUAUAUUUUUAUCGAAUUACAUUGAGAGCAGGUAACGUUUUUGAAAUGAAAGUGUAUUACUUAGAUAAUUUAAAUAAAUGUUAACGAUACCCGACUUUUUAUAUUAUCUUUUACAUUUUUCAUAGCAUCAUUCGUUGUCAAAGAUGUUUUCUUCAUAUUCAAUUAAUAAGUCCAACAAAAUAAAUAACGAAUUUGCAUUUUUAAGUGCACACUUUGUAACUCCAGAAAAUAAAAAAUGUUAACACCAGCGACGAAGUAGGUUAUGUAUGUGAAAAAUGCUUUUACGAAGACGAGUCGUGUCUUGACGAAUUUGGAUGUGUCUGGACGGGUAGAAAACUUUCACUGUGUAUUUGGUUACACUGCGUCGAUUCGUCGUUUGUAAAAUGCGUACAUUGUACAGAGGAAAUAUUCAGUAUCCGCGUCUCUAAACGUUUUACUGUUAUUUCUCAAAUGUUUAUUACUAGAGUUAGAUUACAAUCAAUAUAUGCAAAUUUUUCAUUAGAUACAUCGUGCAAAAUACAUAAAAUAUAUCCGACUGUAGCAAAAUAAUCUUAUAAACAUAAAAAGGUCCGGUGGUCCGAUUUUUAAAAAUUUUGCGAUACAUUCAGCGCAUACUAUAGGCUUCCAAGAUUUCUGGAAUUAUCUCCACGCUUGAUGUGUGCUCAAAUACGAAGGUUAGCAGAAUAUGCUUUUUAAAUAGACUCACUAUCACGUGUAUAUCGUCUGCACGUGUUUGAGCGGCCCGAGCGUGUUCGAACACGCACAAUUCUAAGAUAGUACGAUACGUAUUCGUUACGUCAUUCACUUACUCCUUCCACCGUUAAUCGGCCAGACAGCAGCAUUCUCUGUGUUUCAAUAUACGAAAGCGCCGAAAUCGGCUGUCUCACAAUAUUCUUUUCUGGAAACUUCUGCUCUAAGGCAACAAGUUGUUGAUUUCUCUAUAUUCCAAAAACGUACGUUUAAAUAUAAUGAAUUAACGAUGCGUGAAAAAUUAUUAAAAACCAUUUUUACUCUGUUAGAAGUGUGUUAAGGUUAAAUAUUUGCUGCACGCAGAAAUUAACAGAAAAUGAUUUAUAGGCAACGAGUAUGUCACAGUAUCCUGCUCUAUAAAAUUUGAUUGUUAGAUUAAAUAAGCCGAAUUAGCUUUAUUUCCAUAAUAUGCGUUAUAUUACGUUCGAUUGCGCAUAAUUUGUUUAACAUAAUUCGUAUAUUUUCUAAAAAUCGUAAGAAAAAUUUGCAACGCGAUAUCUAAUUUAUAGGAUCAUGCGAUGAACUGACCAUCAUUACUUACCGUCACAGCUCAUUGCGAUAAUUCUUAAAAACUUAUUAUUACUAAGCAUUAAUAUAUGCUAUAAACAUGCGUUAAGCCGAUGAUAGGAAUACGAAUAUCGACGUUUUUAAAUGUACGUUUACAUAACUAUUUAACCGAACUCGUCAUACAACGAGUUCGUGCCUGCACAGAUUCUCAAUGAAUUCCGGAAUUAAUUCUUUCCCCAGUUACAUAACGUACAUUAUUAAUCCGUUUAUGGAGUUGCAUAACUCAAAUUGCAACUGAUCUGCACUUACUGUACGUAUAGUAAUUAUUAGCUACUGACUGAAUAAUUCAACUUCAGCGAUAUAUUCUCAUUAAAACAUAACACAGGCAAAGAUUUAUUUUUAGAGAGCGCCGCAUAAAUUUAAUAGUAUUAAUGAAUCAUUCACCGAUUGAAAAUUGCUUUCGAGCCGAGUGAAGCUUGCUUUGUGAAUCAUUCAGUCCACACCUAUACCUCUAAGUAGCUGCACUGCAGCCAAAACGCCAUUCGCAACUACAUUAUCUCAGCUAACAUUGUAAAAAUGACUGUACACGAAAAAUGUAUUUCGUCAUUGCUUCCCUCCCUUACUCGAGUGUUUAUCGAAGUAAGCUAGAUCGAGAGCACGAUAUAAUUUUUCUGUGUUUUACAGAAUGAAUCAAUUUGAUGAUUUUUCAAAUUUUAUUCCGGCCAAAUGAGCCGGCUUAUCGGUGAUUCAGCCGCAAAGCGCCAGCAGCGCGAAAAUAACUUCCAGCGCAAGGUCUACCAAGGUUUUGCUACGGCCCUGACUCUUUUUCAUCAUACUCUUUCUUGCCAUCUCUCCCUUCUCGGUGGAGUUUCUCUUUGUCUUGUCGAACGUAGAGCGAGUAUCCCCUAACUGAACUUGAUAAAUAUAUAAAUAGACCUAUAUCCUAGCCUUUCGAAAACUGUAUAAAUACGUAAAUCACAUGAUUUUUUUCUCCCAGAGAAUAAAAACACACGUUGAAUGACGUAAUUUUGUCUGCGAAAAAUCGCUAGCUACGCUACUAUUCAGCGUUAUUCAAUAAAUUGUUUAAUUAAAUUAUUCAAUGUUCUACAAAGAUUUUAAAAUUAUCAUUAAAUUGGUUGCGAGAUGGGUGCAGUACAUCGGGCGCUAUUCUACAUCAAUAUGGCUAUUAGCGUCUAUCGGAAAAGUUUAUCUAGAAAAUUAUAGCACUUAGGGCCAAUUAAACGUUGAAUUGUAAUUCUGAUGCACGCUCCUGCUUAACAGUAUACUUGUGUGCUGACCCAUUUUUAUAUAACACGUACAUUGGUCAACUUCCUUUUAUAUGCUGAUGCGUAUACGGUCAAGUUUCGGAGCUACUGGAUUCAGGCACUCGACAGUCCGUUGAAAUUAUACUUUAUCUACAAUUCACCGUCUAGUUUAUCUACGUUUUUUCAUGCUCGGUGAAGUAUUUAUUCAUGUGUAGCUUUUCCAUGCCUUUAUUAAACUUAGUCACGUUCAAACACGAAAUGUAAUUUUUAAACUACGAACGUUCGAGUGUAUACACCAGCUGUUUGCCCGUUUGAAUAUAUUUUGAAAAACUUGAGGAAAACUUCGACAGUACACCAGGCCUCGCAAUCCGAGAAAAGCCAGUACCAAAAUCGAUAGAUAAAUCUUUUAAUUUUCAUUGAGGAGCGCGAGUUGACCUAUUGUGCUCCCCUCUGUACCCCGCACGUACAAUUCCGCUCAGCACGGAGUGUACCCUACAUAUGUACGUGAUACUAGCGUCAUUCGUUGCCUCAGCUCCGCGAGUACAGCCAGCGCUCUCUCCCCCAUCGCAGUUAUUCUUUCCAUUUCAAAUAAACGUCAAACUCGACGUUGAAAGAAAAAACCCAGCGCGCGAUCGCGCGCAAUGCUAAAUGCGCCCGGUAAACGCACGAAUAAGAGCGAUUCGUCCCGCGCACUAAAAUAGCUCCACUGAUGCUUGCGAGUGUAUACUAUAAGUAUAGGCGUAAAAGAGAGGGAGAUAGAUAGAAAAAACCCUGGCGCGGCAUAGGCCAGGGGCUCCCGCGGCAAGGCUACCCGUCGAAUAUACGUCCCUGAACUUCGAAUCGUACGAGGCUCGGCUCGAGCUCGGCCGUCCUCGGCUAUCUUCGCUCUCUUCCCCCUCUCUUCUUCGCGCGUACGCACAGCUGCGCGACGACGCUCGCGUACACACCUAUAUGGAGACCUGUUUGGAUGUGUGGUCGCUUGAUACGUACGUAUAGCGGUAUAGUAGUGAGCCAAGCCGAGGCUAUAGCCCCCCGAAAACCGGCGAAACGGCCAGAUGUAGUUGAAACCUUGCAGAGUAAGCUCGACGCGGACGGAACAAGUACAAUAUAACUCAGUGCUACGCUGCGAUAAAGCGACGCACAAAGGAAGACGGGGAGAGAGAAGCCAGCGCCAUUAGACGCUGAUCGGAUCGUAAUAGUGCAACGGAAAAGGUGAAGAGGAUAGCAUCGAUUUUUCAAGAGUGAGAGAGAAGGAUUUCUCAAAUUGUUUCGGAACGUUGGCUUGGAAGCGACUGGAGUCACCUGUGUGAAUAAACUGUGCUCCGUGUGCGCGCGCAUCCUCGUCUUACGCAGGUCUCGCGCGUAUUCGUGAUACGCGCUUGGGAUGAUUUUGAAAGAGUCGGUUGUGAAGUGUCGUAUUAUGAGGCGCUCGGGACGGGUUCUAAUAGAAGGAAAAACGCUGCUAGCGUCAAUUCACAAAGUUUCCCGAAACCACGAACUCUAUUAGACGAUAUUACAUCGAAGUGCAAAGAAAAUCCUCGACUUAUUUAUUUAUUUAUUUAUUUAUUUAUUGUACAUAAUAACGCAACUAGCUCCAAGUCAUUAUUAUUUAUUAUUUAUUGCCUCAACACUCAACGCGCGAGAGGAGUCAAGUAUUCACACAUUCCGCCUAGGAAGAGCAACGAGCAAGACUGAUUAAGAUUCUCUUUACAAUACUUACUUACGUCGAACGAAGAAUCGAAACGGAUAAGAAAUCAUCGUAAUAACCUAGUGAAACACAGUGAAAGUUCAAGGAGAAGCCAAGAAGAGAAUCUCGACGACACCUCACCGUCUUUGUCUCUCGUUCUCGCACCGGCCCUCGGCUGUUUUUCACAGUCCUCCUUCGCUUGCAUCAGCCGUUCUUGGAGCGCGCGAGCUCGAACUCACGUACACCACUGCUCUCUCUCUCUCUCUUUGUUCCGUCGUGAAGCCAGCGCGUAUACUGCAUUGCGCUGCUGUACCAGUACCUACACCGAAGUACUGAGUCUUUCAUCCUACUUUCUGUGAUAAACAUAUCAGGCUAGCCAGGUGGACCAUUCUUGUGGUGUGACGAUCAUCGUUGGAUUGUUCUACUGUGUGGCAACGUCAAGCUACACUCCAUCCCAUCGAUCAUCGUUAACACUAGUAGUCGCACAUUGCAGGAAUGGAUACUUCGGGCUCGCCUGUGCCGGAUGCAAUCCAACCGCUCUUCGAGCAACUCCAAGAAGCUCUUCUACUCGAAGGCAAAUUUCAGCCCAAUCUCCAGUUACCUGCAACCACUCAGAAUGAUGAAAUCACAAUUGGGUCACGAGAUGGUUCGGCGCAUGUACUUAGAUGCCUCAAAGUCUGGUACGAUCUUCCAUCAGAUGUUUUCUUCAUUGCCAUCAACCUCAUGGACCGCUUCUUGACCAAAAUGAAGGCCAGGCCAAAACAUAUGGCAUGUAUUAGCGUUUCUUCCUUUCACAUAGCUGCCGUCCAAAUGGCCCAACAAUCCCUCGACGCUGAUCACCUGGUCUCCAUUUCUCAGUGCAAAUGCACUGGUGGUGAUUUGAAACGCAUGUCUGAAGUGAUUCGCAAUAAACUGGAAUGGGCUCCAGGCACGCAACCUAUCACUCCGCUCACUUUCCUUCGUCUCUUCAAUAUUAUGUUCCAAACUGCUGCAUCGCAACUUGGCCUUGGAGAUCUUUAUGCCAGUAUGGUCACGGAAUCCGAAUUGCUUUUACGUCUGGAAAUGGUAGCCUGCGACGGCAACUGCUCUAGCGUAAGACCAUCGGAAGUGGCUCUCGUUCUUCUUUGUACCUAUUUGGAUGCUGCUGUGAAACGUUUGGAAUCGAACGCUGAAAAGAAUAUGGUUAGCAUGCCCGGCCCCUCAUCCAUGAACGAUGCGCCAACUCCGGCGCAACAGAUGUUGAGGUUGGUCGAAUUUGCGGCUGAGAUAAGAAAAAUGUGCAAGAUCUCCGAUGCAACUUUCUUUGCAACGCAUGAAUCUGUGGGUGCAAUACUGAGCAAGUACAAUGCUCAAGAACAAACACCGCAUAGGCAGAGGCUUAUCUGGAGAUUAUCGUCCAGAACAGCUCGCUUAUUACGGCCAACUGAUAAAUUUACGUCUGUUUUACCUGUCAUCGCCGAGCAUACUCCAACACCUUCGCCUAAAAGAAUUAGAAAAAGCCGUAAAUUUGCGCGUCGUCAAGGACACAAAAGGCGUUAAAUCAGAGAAUAUCAUCGUUGAAGAAAGGACACAGUAGUCCAGAAGUUAAAUUUCAGUCAGUGGAACUCAUCAACUGUUAAAUCAUGAAGGUUUUGCUGUUUUCAAUAGUGAGCGAUUUUCAAUAUGGUUGAAUUCAGUCUUGUUCGAUAAACAAUUGUUGCUGUAUGAGCAGUAAUAACAUGCGAGCUGUGAGUGCGUAAAAAUCUAAUUGGUUUGCCAUAGAAAAGGAAAAAAAUAUCAUUUAGUAGGAAAUCAUGGAAGUGAAUGUGAUAAGAAGUCUGCAGUGGUUUAGUAAAGUAGUAGGCGUCCACUGUUAAAGUAUUUAGGUAUAUUCUAUCUAUAAAUAUAUAUAAAUAUAUAUUUACCAAAUGCACAGAAAGCGAAAAAAAAAAUAUAAAUAAGGUAAAAAACCCAAGAAAAAAUAAUAUAAUUACGCGUAUUGUAGUUACAAAUCAAACGUAAGCGUUAGACACAAGACGGACUUGAAAAAAAAAUGCAAAAAAAGAAUUAUAUUAUUGUAAGUAAAUUUGAUAUUGUGCGAUUCAUAAUAUUUCAGAAGUUCUUGUAAAAAAUUAGUGUAAUUUGUUUUAAAGAGGUUUCUAGUUUCUAUAUUACUGUAAUGAAUUUCUAAUCUCUUCAAAAUUAUUUACUUUUAAUGAAUUUUGAACGUAUCAAUUUAAAGUUUACGAAGCUUAUGAUUUAACUUCUGAAAUAACUGCGUAAAAAGUCAUAACCCAAACAGAAAUCAACUGCAUGGGUGAAAAAAAAACUAUGAAUGCAUGGAAAAUCUAACUUUCUGCUUUACAAAGAUUCGAUUGGAUUUUCUUUCUCAUAAUCUUUUUCAUUCUCCUGCAUUCAUAAGUUACAGUGCAAAAAAAAGAAUAUAUAUGUAAUUAUACGUUAUUAAUUACGACGUCUUCUUAAUCGUGUGAAUUGAAGAGAAUGCAAACGAAGUUUAAUGGUCAAAAACUCUACCGUUUAAUUCAAUUAAUUUUCUUUUAUUUUCAAAAGAAAUUUUACCGAAAUCGAUUUAUUAUUUUUAUAUAUUUAUCAUCAUGUAAUUUAUUUAUUGUCAAUGUUAGCGUCAUACGUUAAACCGAAGUUAGUACACGUAUAAAAGGACGUCUUUUAAAUGAUAUCAAGAAAACACGAAGUUGCGUCUAAAUUUCCGAACGAAGCCAGUUUGUGCUAGUCGCGAUGUCUCUGUAAAACAGCAUUUCUCGUUUUCUUAAACUGGCUACUCUGAACUUUCUUCUUUGAAAUACUCUCUUCAGAAUGUCGAGCGAAAAAAAGGUCUGAAGAUAAGAACUGCGAAACAUGUUUCAAAAACUAUAUUUAAGAGUUUACACGAUCAUUUCGGUAAAUCGUGUUUGUGUAAACAUCUUGUGAAAAGUGUAAAAUAGAAAUUAAUGAAUUUACAGUACCGAUCGCAAAUAAUUUAACUUGCACAUAACAGCUGAUUUAGGACCAAUGUUUAGUAUUUAUUGUCAUUAUAAGAAGUGUAUUUUGUGCUUGAAAGUACGUCUCAAGUAAACCAGUAUUUAAUGUAUUUUUCAUUUUUGAUUUUGAUUUUUUUUUUUAAUUUUUUCUGACGCACAAUAUCGUCUUUAAGACUCAAGUUAUUUGAAAGAGUUGUUAGAUUUUUUGUUUUGUUUCGUUUAUUGCUUUUGGCAUUUAUUUUCAUUGCAAGACUAAGCAGAUUCGAGACACUUUUGUAUAUGCAAAGUUAUUAAUUAUAGAUUAUGAAUAAUGAAUUCUCAAGUUAAAGCAUUAUUUAAAUGUUAGAUUGUCUCGACUGCUUUGACCACUUUAAUCCCAGAAUCUCUGAGAAGUGCAGCUGUUAUGUCAAGGAUCUUGUCCAUUUUGCACUUUUCUCACUAUCGCGCAACUAUUUAUUACUGUAAAUUGAUUGUCACGAAACCUAUACUCUGUUUGAUGUUGAUGUACACUCCGACACUUUAAAAUUAUGGAAUGAAGGUAGUAAGAAAAGAGAAACUUGAGAAUGGCGUAUUUGAUAAAUAUUCCCAAACCAACUUCACUGUUUAUAAUUAUAAAGUAAAACUAUAGGGA